UAAAAGUAACAGUUUUGUAACUAACUAUAAAGUAUAAUUAUUAAAUCAAUUUACUAUAUAUUCAUAAUUAGGGCAUUUAUUAUUCUAUUCUAUUCUAUUCUGUAUAAAGAUCUACAAAACAUUUCACUCUCUCUCUCCCCGCACAGUUUAUAGCACCUGCAGGUGAACUCUCAAACAACUGAUUCAGCUCUCUCUCUCUCUCUGUGAGGAAGAAGCAAAGACUAUUAUUGCCAUAGAAGAUCUGAAAGACAAUUAGCUGCUGCCAUGGAUUUUGUUGCCGUACCAAGCAAUAUCAUUAGCAGCACUAGUACUACUACUGCAACUAUUAUAGGCACCGGUACCAACUACUCAACUACUACUACUACUUCAUCACCAUCAUCAAUGCCGGCACCUGCACCAGCUUCAGCUCCAAGCAGCAGCCGCUAUGAGAACCAGAAGCGCCGAGACUGGAACACCUUCUGCCACUACCUCAGGAACUACCGCCCGGCACCGCUGCCACUCUCCCGCUGCACCUCCGCCCACGUCCUCGAAUUCCUCCGCUACCUCGACCAGUUUGGCAAGACCAAGGUUCACCAGCAGGCCUGCGCUUUCUUUGGAGUGCUUAAGCCGCCGGGGCCCUGCCCUUGUCCUCUCCGGCAGGCCUGGGGAAGCCUGGACGCUCUCAUCGGCCGCCUUCGAGCAGCCUACGAGGAGCACGGGGGCAACUGCAAGCCAGAAGUAAACCCUUUCGCUGCAAGACCAGUGAGGAUCUUCUUACGCGAGGUUCGCGAUUUUCAGGCCAAAUCCAGAGGAAUAAGCUACGACAAGAAGAGGAUCAGAAUGCAGAAGCGGCCCAAGCAGCAGAAGGUCGCAUCCAUCGAUCCGUCCUAGCUAGCCGCUACUAGCUGCAACGCCCUCUCCUUCCUUCAAACCUAGCUAGCUACCAUCCAAAUCCAUAUAUAUCCAUCCACCGAAACAGAUGAUGAUCAUGAAGCCCUAGCUCGUUGCGUAAGUUUUUAGGGUUUAUAAAUUUAAUUUGGUUACACUAUAAUCAUAUAUAUAUAUAUAAUCGCAAUUAUGAAAAUGAAUAAAUGUUUCUACAUAAUUAACCGAGUUAAUUAUACAUAUCAUAUCAAUCAUCCCAUCUUCUUCUUCU